AUGGCUGCCUCUUUCUGUGCCCCUUGGUCUCAAGGUUUCACCGCUCCUGAGACCCAUGGAGCUGCCUCCUUGGGCCAAGCUACAAUGUUCCUGGCGAUGGGCCUGGUCCCCCUGGCCCCCAAAGGCUCAGCCCAGCAGGCGUCCCCGAGGGGGGCCCCGGCCGAACAGCCCCUGCUGAUCUUGCUGUGGACAUGGCCCUACAACAGCCCCUUGGCUCUGCCCCGCUGCUCGGAGCUGCUGCCCGGCACGGCCGACUGCCACAUCACCGCCAACCGCUCGGUGUACCCGCGGGCGGACGCCGUGAUCGUGCACCACCGCGAGGUGAGCGCGGCGCCCGCGGCGCUGCUGCCCCCGAGCCCGCGGCCGGCGGGCCAGCGCUGGGUGUGGUUCAGCAUGGAGUCGCCCAGCCACUGCGCGCGGCUGCAGGCGCUGGACGGCUACUUCAACCUCACCAUGUCCUACCGCCGCGACUCGGACAUCUUCACGCCCUACGGCUGGCUGGAGGCCUGGCGGGGCCCGCCGGCCGAGGCGCGGGUCAACCUCACGGCCAAGAGCAAGCUGGCGGCCUGGGCCGUGUCCAACUGGCAGCCCGGCUCGGCGCGCGUGCGCUACUUCCAGCGGCUGCGCGCGCACCUGCCCGUGGACGUGUUCGGCCGGGGCCACCUGCCGCUGCCCAGGGAAGGCAUGCUGGAGCGCCUGGCGCAGUACAAGUUCUACCUGGCCUUCGAGAACUCGCUGCACCCGGACUACAUCACCGAGAAGCUGUGGAAGAACGCGCUGCAGGCCCCCGCCGUGCCCGUGGUGAUGGGGCCCAGCCGCAGCAACUACGAGCGCUUCCUGCCGCCCGACGCCUUCAUCCACGUGGAUGACUUCCGCAGCCCCGAGGCCCUGGCGCAGCAUCUGCGCAUGCUCGACGCUGACCCCGCCCGCUACCUGAGCUACUUCCGGUGGCGCCAGGCCCUGCGGCCGCACCUGAGCCACCGGGUCCUGGCCUUCUGCAAGGCCUGCAGGUACCUGCAGCAGGACCGGCGCUACCAGACGGUGCCCAGCAUCGCCUCCUGGUUCACCUGA